UAGCGCCGCUGAUCCGUGCUGUUCCAGCUCCCCAUCCGUGUUAUCUUUCCUACGUCUUUCAGCAACUGUCCUCCACGUUCCACACGGCGAACGAUGGCAGGGCCACUCGUUCUUAGCUUCAUCUACUUCCUUUUCGAUCAUUUGUAACCCGCUAUAAUCUCAGACGCACAGUCCAGUGCAGGUCAUGCCUCUUUCCUGGGAGCUAGCCACGUCAAUUGGCGUCUGUCAUGCAGGAACAACAAAGCAUCUUCAAUUUCGCAACACUUCAUUAAUGUCGCAGCGACACGGAAGAUGCGUCCGUUCGCCACACCAGUCCUUUCGAUCGCUCUCAGCAUCAGGGCUGACUGACAAGUGCCCGUCUGGUCGCCGCGAAUCAUGGCCUUCCAGAAAAUGGCACCCACUAGCGUACGACUACCGGCUGUUGGACCAACGACGUGGAGACAGCUGUACCCGGUGUAACCAUAUCGCAUCGUUCCGAGAGUUCCCCUCAUCACGCGCGCUGACGAAGCUCUGCAUUUGAUACCCCGCUACCACCGAGGAUUCCGGUGAAGAGACGCAUGGCAUCGAGUGGUGUUUAU